AUGCGUACAGCGGGCUGGGUGGGAGAUCACUUCUGCGCAGACGCAGUCUCCCCAUUCAGUGUUGGAGGGUCACGUGUCCUCACUCCCCACUCCCCUCACUCUCAACAUUGCAGUGUCUGCGGGAGGGUCACAGUGUCCUCACUCCUCACUCCCCUCACUCUCAACAUUGCAGUGUCUGCGGGAGGGUCACGUGCCCUCACUCCCCACUCCCCUCACUCUCAACAUUGCAGUGUCUGGGGGAGGGUCACACUGCCCUCACUCCCCACUCACCUCACUCUCAUCAUUGCAGUGUCUAGGGCAGGGUCACAGUGCCCACACUCCCCAGUCCCCUCACUCUCAACAUUGCAGUGUCUAGGGCAGGGUCACAGCCUCACUCCCCAUUCCCCUCACUCUCAACAUUGCAGUGUCUGGAGGAGGGUCACAGUGUCCUCACUCCCCACUCCCCUCACUCUCAACAUUGCAGUGUCUGGGGGAGGGUCACAUGACCUCAAUCCCCACUCCCCUCACUCUCAACAUUGCAGUGUCUGGGGCAGGGUCACAGUGACCUCACUCCCCAUUCCCCUCACUCUCAACAUUGCAGUGUCUGGGGCAGGGUCACAAUGUCCACACUCCCCACUCCCCUCACUCUCAACAUUGCAGUGUCUGGGGGAGGGUCAAGUGCCCUCACUCCCCACUCCCCUCACUCUCAACGUUGCAGUGUCUGGGGAGGGUCACAGUGUCCACACUCCCCAGUCCCCUCACUCUCAACAUUGCAGUGUCUGGGGGAGGGUCACGUGCCCUCACUCCCCACUCCCCUCACUGUCAUCAUUGCAGUGUCUGGGGGAGGGUCACGUGCCCUCACUCCCCACUCCCCUCACUCUCAACAUUGCAGUGUCUGGGGCAGGAUCACAGUGCCCCCACUCCCCAUUCCCCUCACUCUCAACAUUGCAGUGUCUGGGGGAGGGUCACAGUGCCCUCACUCCCCACUCCUCUAACUCUCAACAUUGCAGUGUCUGGGGGAGGGUCACAGUGCCCUCACUCCCCUCACUCUCAACAUUGCAGUGUCUGGGGUAG